UAGAAAUCCAAAUUUCGUGAUGUUUUCCUAAAUUUUUAUCAUCAAAAAAACAAAAAAAAAAUCGAGAGACUCCCCGCAAAAAAAAUAAAUUUCCGAAACAAGACACAAACGACGACGAUGGCAUCACGAAACGGACCAACAGUGCAAGGCACCGACGGCACAGACUUCAAUUUCCGCGAACGAGUUGCACCAAAUCACCAAAUUAGUUUGAUCAACAAAUCACGCCUAAGAUAUUGCAUUUUCUUCCAUUACUUACUAUUUUUCGUGAUGCUGAUAAAGCUGGCGCCCGACAUUCUCGAUAGAUUAGACAUAUUUAUAUUAGAAGUAGAGGAACUUUACGUGCCAAAGCCGCUUUGGUGGGAAUACACGUGGUGUCUUUCGGUCGUUGCAACAUUUAUGGGUCUAACGGCGGCGCGCGGCAACAAAAUUCUCGACAUGGAACGCUUCAUGAUCGGCAUCGUCAUCAUGGGUGUUGUGCCAUUGCUUUAUUGCUUCUUCUACUAUCUCGGCGACGUUUGGAGUUACAUCAAGAUGGAUGACGAAACGGAUAUCGAAGACACAGAAAUUCAGGCGUGGCGAUUCUCUAUUUUUCCCUUUUUACAGGGUCUUCCAUACGGCAUGCUGUGGUACGGAUUCGUCCUCGGAGCCCUCCAAGUGCACGGCUUCUCGCUCUACUUCGCAUGGAACCUCGUGAAAGCCUGGAAAACGCGCUAUGGCUCGAAAAAACUCCAAUAAACUGCCGAUGCUCAAACGGGAACAACUUUACUUAAGCAGGAAAAAUACGAUUUUACUCAAAAAAAAAAAAAAAUUACCGAACAAUAGAACAUCCUCCGAAGAAACACAUAAACAGUUUACAAAACUAAUAUUUUUUAUUAGAUGUGACCCUGGUUGUUAUUUUACGAAUGAAAAAUCAUCAAUUUUUACAAAGACUGUCCCUUAGAGAGACGAUUUACACGAAAAAUUUAAACUUGAACUGUUCCUAUGCUUAGAGGCUCGGGUUUUAUGAAAUAUUUUUUAAAAAAGAGAUGCACAGAAUUCAAAAAAAAAAUUAAAUUGUAGACGUUAAGCACCUGAAUUUGUUAAAUUUUCAACCAAUGGGAUUGUUAUUUAAUGAUAAAAGUUAAAAAUUAAACGAAAAUAUUUUUCUUUUGUAAUGUAAAUUAUUAUUUUAUUAAAUAAUUUUAAAGAAAAUGUCAGAAAAAAAAUAAAAUUAAA